UUCUAAAAAAAUUGAGCUGCUUUCUCAGUGGUGAUGAACUGAGGAUUAUAUAGAGCGAAGACACAGAAGCUUCUCUGUAUCGUAAUUUAACCAAACCCCAUUUCUCAGUUUACUCUGUAUAUCUCUUGUUUCAUCAAUUCAUAAGGAAAAGGAAGAGCUUUUUCUUCUCUGUUCUCUUCUUGUUACUCUACUUCUAAUUGGUUCUUGAUAAUACUUUCAUGGUUUUUUAUUUUUCAUGUCUAUGCCCUUAGAGCAUGACUACAUAGGCUUAUCAUCAGAGGUUCCUCCAAUGGAAAACUCUGAUAACAAGUUUACUAGUGUUGGUCUCAACUUAAAAGCCACCGAGUUGAGACUUGGGUUACCUGGGUCUGAGUCACCGGACAGAGGGAAUGGGAACUCGCAACUUAGUAUUGGUGCACCUAACAACAGCAACAACAGCAACAGCUGCAACAAUAAUAAUAAGAGCUUCGUGUCAGGUGCCAAAAGGGGCUUUUCUGUUGCCAUUCACGGUGGCUCUGUCAACUGGGUUUUCUCAGGCAGUGCUGGAUCUGAGCCUGAUUUUUCUCCCAUAGCUGCUAAUGCUGGCAAAGUGAUUACUGGGUCGGAUUCGGUUACGGUUAACAUAGACGGGUUGCCCCAGUCACCGAAACCGGUCGCGCAGGAGAAGAAGAAUCAAGUUCCUGCAGUUAAUGGCCAUGGAGUUGCUCCUGCUUCGAAGGCACAAGUUGUGGGAUGGCCACCAAUUCGUUCCUUCCGAAAAAAUACAAUGGCUUCUCAUCCUCCAAAGAAUGACGAUGAUGCAGAAGCCAAGUUGGGGUCUGGAUGUCUUUAUAUUAAGGUCAGUAUGGAUGGUGCUCCUUAUUUGAGAAAGGUUGAUCUCAAGACCUAUGGCAGCUAUACAGAACUCUCUUCAGCAUUGGAAAAGAUGUUCAGCUGCUUUACAAUUGGUCAGUGUGGUUCUCAUGGAGUCCCCAGCCGAGAUGGACUGAGUGAAAGUCGAUUGAUGGAUCUCUUGCAUGGUUCUGAAUAUGUUCUCACAUAUGAAGACAAAGAUGGUGAUUGGAUGCUUGUUGGUGAUGUUCCUUGGAAGAUGUUCACCGACUCUUGUCGGAGGCUGAGGAUAAUGAACAGUUCCGAGGCAAUUGGCCUAGCCCCAAGAGCCAUGGAGAAGUGUAAAAGUCGUAACUAGUAAGUUAUUGUUGCUACCAAUGGAUCAAAUCCUCUCUCUGGGCAAAUAAUGAUAGAUCCUUCUGCUAUUUGAUUGUUGAAAGCUUCUGAUGGGGCUCAAAAUUGGGUCCGCUGUGUCUUAUUUUCGUUUGUUUCUAGAUAUUGCACUAGGAAUUGUUGUACUAAGAAAUUUUACUAAGAAACUCUCUAGUAGACAAGAUAAAAAAUGUUGCGAACACUGAGGUUUUAAAUGUUUGUGUAAUCUUAUUUGUGGAUGAUCAAGGCUACGAUGUUGUGUAAA